AGAUUAAAAUGGAUUGAAACCAGUGUCAGAUAAUGGUGUCUACUCUACUUUACGCCGUUUUAAGUUUGGCUUUUGCACCCUCCGUGCUUAGUUUAGACUGCUACCAUUGUUCAAGUAAGAAUAGAAGUGAAAUCAGCUGUGAGGACCCACUACCCGAAGUGUACAGUGAUGUACAUAGAAAAUCAGAUUGUCAAGUGCCUGCCGAGAGCUUGAAUGGUAGUCUGGUGCCAGCAUCAUUUUGUGUCAAGAUAUUGGGCAACACUGUAUACAACAAAGAGAGUUUAUUAGUGAGAAGCUGUAUCUCAGGGAAGCAGGCUUUCUCACAGUGCGGAGAAUUCAUUUUCCAGAAUGAGCUGAUGGUAGGAUGUAUGCUGUUCUGUGAAGGAGAAUUCUGUAAUAUUGGAUCCAGUUCUACACUCCCUCUGUAUAUGGUCCUUGGAUAUAGUAUCCUUGGAACACACCUCUUGGAUAUAGUGUCCUUGGAACACACCUCUUGGAUAUAGUAUCCUUGGAGCACAUCUCUUGGAUAUAGUGUCCUUGGAACACACCUCUUGGAUAUAGUAUCCUUGGAACACACCUCUUGGAUAUAGUGUCCUUGUAACACACCUCUUGGAUAUAGUUUUCUUGGAACACAUCUCUUGGAUAUAGUGUCCUUGGAACACACCUCUUGAAUAAAGUAUUCUUGGAACACACCUCUUGGAUUUAGUCUGGUAAUCCUAAAUAAAUAAUCCUUGGAUUUAGUCCGAUAAUUCUCAAUACAUAAUCCUCGGAGUUAGUCCGACAAUCCUCAAUAUAUAAUCCUUGGAUUUAGCUUAGUAAUCCUCAAUAUAUAAUCCUUGGAUAACAUUUUGCAAUCCUAAACAUUUAAUCUUUGAAUCAAUAAUCCUAAAUAUAUGAUCGUUGAAUUUAGUUUAAUACUUAGUCUUUGUUGCCUUUUAAGAAAUUUCUAAAAUUGUGUUCGUAAAAUCGAACGAACCGUUAGCAUUUCUAAAUCACGAACAUUUUAUUCAAAUCAACAGAAUGAAAAAUUGAUAUAUCUGUUUCUGAUUUCAAUAGAGUUUAAGGGUUACCCACAAAGGAUAAGACUUUAAUGACAACCUAAAACUUGAAUUUAGUUUUCUUUCUUGAAUAAAGUGUUUGUUUAAGGUACAAGGUAUCCCAAUAAACAUUAAGGUACAGGGUGUCC